UAAUCGCCAGUAUGUUGACACAUUUAGAAGACUCGACCAAUACAAGCACGUAAACGAACACAUAAACAAAUAAUUUUAAGAAUUACGUAAUGAUACCGGAGAUUCACGGAUGAUGCUUCAUGACAUCGGUAUAUAGUCCCCCCCAUUCACGUGUGUGUUAAGGUGACCACCACUCCUCGGUAUCAAACGGUCCUGUGACAACAGCUGCAGCAGCAGAGGCAUCACAUCUGACGCAUCUUCUAGAGCAGGAGGAUGUUACCGAGACCCACCGAUUACAUGGAGGUGAUGACGGAUUAUGACCAAAGACCUGGCACCUGGGGGACUGUGAGGUCUCUUCAACACGCUGCUCUGACUGAAGCGGUGAAACGCAGGGACCACGAUGCUGUCCGCCGCCACCUAGAGGCAUACACGAGCCGAGAGAGGGUGGAUUACGUGGUUCCCUUCACAACAGCGUGUAUGUUAGGUGACGCUUACAUAGCGAACAUGUUCUUAUACCACGGGGUAGAAGUUUGUAACAUAUCACGACCCGUCCCAAGCAACCUCCGCAUGCCUGUUAUGUACUGGCCGUUGAUCCAAGCAAGUAGAUCCGGGUCGGCAGACCUUGUACAGUGUCUCCUCCACGAGGGCUGUGAUGUCGAUGUCUGGGAUGAGGAUGGGAACACACCCCUCAUGCAUGCAUGUGGAAAGGGACACGUGACUGUAGCUCGUCUCUUGAUUGAAGCCGGCGCGGAUGUCAAUCACCAAAAUAUGAACUACAUCUCGCCAUUAGUGAAGGCAACAACAUGUACUAAGCCCGAGCUGAUCCGAUUAUUGCUGGUAGCUGGAUCAGACCCAACCGUGCUGUUCGGUGUCUGUCUUUACAACUGUAUUGCCAGUAACAACCCAGAAGGUGUAGGUCUCUUGUACACGGUCUUCAAAGAUUGCGUUAAUGAUGCUGGGUUGACGUCAAGACUGCGCCUCUUGACGACGAGAAAGGACUUGAACGUAGACGUAUCCCGGAUGUGUUCAAGUUUCUCUUUAAUACCCGCUAUUCAGGUUGCUUGUGGAAUGGACAAACCUGACUCUUGGAAAAGUGUUGAGGUUAUUCUAAAAUUCGGAGCUAAUGUCAGCAUGGUAAAUGGUGCUGGGUUCAAUUGCUUACAGUAUGCUUGUGGCAGCGUGAAUGUCAGAACCAUACACUUAUUGUUAGCCUGUGGAGUUUACCCUGAAUGUGACGGCUGGAGGUCGUUGUGGAGAGUCUUCCCGUCCAUAACGUUGGAACAAGAGCCUCACUACCUCAAGUGUUUAAAACUCAUGGUGAUGGCUGGGUUCGAGAUGGACGAGGAGUCUGCGAGGGUAUUCAGUGUAGCUGUAGAAGAAUCCGAUCUGUCAGACAUGGGGAAGGUGGAGUUUUUAGCCUUCAUCCACGAGUGUAGCUCCACACCGCUCAGGCUGACAUCUCUGUGCAGGAUAAAGAUUCGCCAGUGUAUUCCGGUCAACAUUGACCUCAACAUUAGAGACUUGAGUCAAGGCUACCAGCUGCAUUCCUGGGAUAUCUGA